CUGGUCACAUGAUAGUGUGGCCGCCAUGGUAGUUGGCAGAGUGUUGAGUUAAAGGCUUCGUCCUUGUUUGUUUUUUUCUCUCCUUGUCAUGAAGAACCGAUUGUCUUCUGAUCACAGCAAACAGUCAUGACUCAGAUUGAUACUUUAAGUGCACAGGUUGCCAGCAGCCGUGUGCUGUCACCUGAUGCUAAAGUAUUCAUUCCACAGCAGUGUAAAAGUGCAACGGCUGCUGUUCUUGUUCCAAAGGAUACUUCUAUUGUAGCUCAAUCUUUUGAGACAAUCCCUGAUGGAAGUUCAAAACAUCCCAAUAGAAUGGCUGGUAGUUUCACUGCACUUGGAAUGCAUACUGGUGCAUCUCCUAUGCUGACAAAUGGUGAUGUUGGCAACUGGCAUGUAGCCAACCAAAUGACAGACAACAAGGGUUAUUUUGUGAAAGGCAACCGAAAUGGCAAGAUGAACAAAUCUCCUCGUCCUCUACAAAAACAAAUGGAUGAAUAUAUGUACAUGCCAGCUGGUGUAUCCAUCACAACUCCUCAACCAACUCCGAUAUUGUACAACAGAGUUAAUUACUCACCCACAGCCAGUUCUAGUUAUGUGUAUAUAUCAUACCCACCAAAUGCCAAUUCUGCUUACAAUUUUGCCCUUGGUCCUCCUCCACCACCACCACCGCCUCCUCUGCCGCCUGCACAACUCAGCCAGUCAGCAACAGUCCAUGGCCCUUUGCCCCAGCCAAGGAACCAGGCAUCAGUGCCAGCUCUACACAACAAUCCUUAUGGUAUGGAAGCAGCUCUGAUGUCUUCCAACUACCCGAAAAAUUCACCUGUCAAAGUUUACACCCCAAACUUGCAGAAUUAUGAGGAAUGGCCUGAAAUGAAAUCAACCAAAAAUGCCCAAUCUUCAAAGAAAGUGAAUAAUGGAACUCAGAAAGAAAAGACUAAAUUGAAUUCUAAGGGACAUUUUAAAAAUGAAGCUUCUCAAAAGUCUGUAAAACUAACUGAAAUCGCAGUACAAACGGAUUUUUCUCCUGAGUUGGAAAACUUGACACUUUCUGAAAAACCCAGCUCUUUGUUUUCUUUUAAUAAGACCCGAAUUCGUAGUCAUUCAAACCAAUGGAUCAGUAACUUGACUGACUCCGAAGAGAAGGACUCCGACAGCGGCUAUAGUAGUCCACUACAUCGGCGCAAUGUUGUGUCAAAUGGUACACAUGUUGCUCCGGAAAGACUUGCACCCAACACUAAACAACCACCACCUCCUCCUAUUGCAACUACUCCUACUACUACCACCACUACUCCUCCUCCUCCUAGCGUGGCUAGUACGACCACAACACAGCCUACCAGUUUCAGUUAUGCUGCCAUUGCACAGAGACCAGCAAAAUCAACAUUAAGGAAUGAUUACCCAGUAGGUGGCGCUGUGGCAAUACCGUCAGUGGAAUGUUCGACAAGUGAUAAUAAAAACCUGGAACCUAAAUCCGUUGAAGAAGCUGGGAAGAAAAGACAAAAACAGAAUCGUCGCAAGAAGAAGAAAGAUCGAGAUGUUAGCAAAGGGAGCAACUUUUCAAGCCCAGGUCAGACCCCAAGAUCAGGUUUAUCAAACUCUGUCUCAAUGGAUGAUAUGAUGAUACAAGAUGAAGAUUUCUGUGAAUUACCUUCUAAUAAGGAACCUGUUGCCUCCUCUGCUCCAAGAAUGAAAUACUGUGAUAUCUUGAAAAAUAGUACUGUGAUAUAUGAAUCCACAUUAACUGAUGGGAAUGCAGAUGCUGCAAACAAAAAAGACGGUCAUUUGACCCGGCGCUGGCAGAAGAGACAAGAAUUAGCUAACCGUGCCGCAGAGGAAGAACUUGCCGAAAUCUCACUGGAACAACAGAUGUUGAUACAACGCAAUAUUCCCAAGAAGAAGUCUGCUUCUGGCACCCCUCGAUCCGUGACACCCACCUCGACAUCCAAAGCAGGCAAAACUGUGGGUGGCAUCAGUAAUACUGGGAGGCUGUCUGUGGCACCCAAUGACGUUAUUCAUCAUGCUGUGGCACCUGGCAAGAAAUCUAAACAACCAAUCUCGUUAGAUAUUAGUGCUAUGAUUGAUGCUCUUGAAAAACGAUUUAAAGAACCUCAGCAAAAGAAGGAAGUUUUCAAAGAGAAAUCUGUAAAUAAACCAAUUGUUGGAAACAUCCUUGACAGUUCAGCUCCUGCAAAACGAGGCAAGGAAAGGGAGAUUACGAAAGCCAAGAAACCAAGUCCCUUGAAGAAGGUAAUUCUUAAAGAGCGUGAAGAAAAAAAACGACUCCGUUUGUUGGAGGUUGAUCCAACUGUCAGUGCUUUGGACAAUGAUCUGGCUUCCCCAAGUGUUCCUGUUGGCCUUGGUGUGGUAAAUGCUGAAAGUGAUUUGUCUCAAGAUGCUGCCAGUAUGAAAGGUGAUCCUGGAGGAGCCACGACGCCAGCCAGUGCAGAUCUGUCACCUGUCAGCCAAACGUCUCCCAUAAGCAUCAGUCCUCUAAGUUCAGGGGUCAAUAGUCCUAUUGCUGGAGCCACAGAAAAAGAUGUCAAUCCAGCCGUUCUUAAGAUCCAUAGCAGGAGAUUUCGUGAAUACUGUAACCAAAUCCUUGACAAGGACAUAGAUGCUUGCUGUACCAUGUUGCUGCGGGAUCUAGUUUCAUUCCAAGAUAGACUUUACCAUAAAGAUCCAAUAAAGGCUAAAAUGCGACGCCGUAUUGUUCUGGGCCUAAGAGAAGUUACUAAACACCUUAAGCUUAAGAAACUGAAAUGUGUUAUUAUUUCACCAAAUCUUGAGAAAAUUCAAUCUAAAGGUGGCCUUGAUGAUGCACUGAAUAACAUCUUGAAUCUUUGUACUGACCAGAAUGUACCUUUUGUUUUUGCUCUGGGCCGUCGUGCUUUAGGACGAGCCUGUGCCAAAUUAGUACCUGUCAGUGUUGUUGGAAUAUUCAAUUAUGAAGGCUCUGAGGAGAAUUUCAGAAAAUUGAUGGAAUUAACAGAGAAGGCUCGUCAGUCAUACGUGGAAAUGGUUGCCAUGAUUGAAAAAGACAUUCAGGAAAAUGUACCCCAAAUAUACUCGAAUCCAACCCAAAUCUUUGCUCACAUGGGCCAUUCCCGAACUCCGUCAGGUUGCAGUGGGAUUUCGUUUGCCAGCAGUAUUCUCUCUGAACCCAUCUCAGAAAAUUACCCACAGCUGGAACCUGAGACGGACAGCCGCGGAAACGAGAUUGCCAAGAAAGAGAAAGAUUCUGAAAUGAAAAUCUCUCCACUUUGUUUUCACCAAAUAACUGCGUCUUCUGCAAUGGCCGAAAUCGAUGAUGGUAAUGAAGCCGACACAGAAGAUUCAAAUGAUACGGCAUGUGCUCGCAUUGGGAAUGGUAAUCUGGAAUCGUUGUCAUCUGGUUUUGAGCAGUGCGACAGUGAAAACGAUGACGAUGGUUUAAGUAAUAAUUUUAUGUUACACGAAGCCCUGAACGUGUUGCCACACAUUGAUUCCAUUCAUUCUGUUGGCUACGAACUGAACACAGAGAUUCUCUCUCAACACUCUGUACGCACGGUCGGCGACACCAGCGAGGUGUUAUCAACCCAUUCUUCAAAGACCAUUGGGGAAGGAAGCUCCACUAUUGUGACGGAGACUUACUCUGAACAGGGACAUCUCGACAAGACGACCAGCUGUGCUGACAGCUCCAUCAAUUUGACUCGAGUGAAAGCUGUAGAAAAAGACAAACUGAUUCAGGAUUGGGUGAAGGCAUCUCAGUGCUGUUUGGAAGAAGGCGGAAGCAGCGAUCAGGAAACAGCGAAAGAGGACAGCUGUGAGAGCAGUGGAAGUUCAAAAGAUUCCACAGUCUUGCCAACUCUUUCUUCGUCACCGUCGGCAACGUUAUUAAAGAUAAGCAGUAAUUUAUCACUUGAAACCGUGGCAUCAGUAAGCAGUACGGCAACCACGACAACAACAGUAACCAGCAACACACCUCCAAAGACUGUCCCUAAUGAAACAAGUAGCACAGUCGUAACCCCAACAACCGCUGCAACUGUUGAGCUUUCUCUCUAACUUCUUGAUUAAUGAUCUGCUAAAUCUUGUCCUUUUUUUUCUUUCUUCUCUCUCUCAUAUUUUAUUUAUUUACCUUUACUCAUCAUUUCCCACCAAUCAGUUUAAGUAAAAAGCUUAUUCCAAAAUACAAACAAGUAUUCUUACGGAAACCAUUUAAAAGCUUUUUUUUUUUUGUUGUUGAUUUCACUUUUUUUUUUUUUUUCUCAAAAAUGAUAAAUUAUAUCAAGAAAUGUUCCUUCGUAGAAAAUGUUUUUAUAUUAAUUUUUUUUCUUUUUGCAUUGUUGUUACUAAACCAUUUUUCUAUGGAAAGUGUAUUAUAUAUUAGGGCAUCGGUUAUCAAAGGCCUACUCACCUGUACACUCACCCAAACUCUUUAGCAAUUUCAUCUUAUUUAAAACAAUAACAACAAAAACAGCAUCAUUAAUAAUAAUAAUAAUAAUAAUAAUAAUAAUAGCUGUCUGCAUAAUCAUACAAUAAGUCGAUUUUGUUUAUAAUUAAUUUACUUCUGUUAAUUUACUGAAUAGUUUGAAAUUAUAUUCUUUCAUUUACCGAAUUCCUUUCGUUAAGAAUAAUAAUGAGAUUUUAUUAUAUUUGGGGAUGGUCAUUUUCUUUCUUUCUUUCUUUUUUUUUUCGCCAAUUAAACCCAUGCACUGUCUAUUUGAUCUUCACUUUAGCUUUUUUAUCUGACAUUUUGUGACCCUUUCAAGGACUAUUUGUUCCUCAUAUUCCUCUCAGAGAGAGGAGUAUAGACAAAAGGGAAAGAAAAUCACAGAAGCAGUCACAAAAUGUGUGAAGAAAGAAUUCCAAUAAAAAAAAGCCAGAGUGAAGAUGAAAUAAAAAGUCCCUGGGUUGAAUUGGCAGAAAAGAAAGUGAUCGUCCCCAGGCAUAAGAAAACCUGUUUCAAAACACAAUUUCACAUCAAGAACAUUGCAAAACAAAUACAUAAACUUUAUAAUAAUAAUAAUACUAAUAUGGUUAUUAGCAUAAAUUCUCUAAAACAAAUUGUUGUAAAUGUAAGUAAUUAUUUUUCAUUUUAGUGCUUAAUUUUAUGAGGAAUUCAUU